AUGUACAUUGAGGAUCCGGCAGAGAUCGCUGCCAUUGCGACCGAGUUCAUCUCGAACUUGGACAACUUACCACAAGAGGUGAGCCAUAUGGUCAAGGAGAUCGAACACAAGGAUGCACAGAUCCAAGAGCUACUCUCCAAGGUUACAGCAAGGGAAGCGCAACUGAAAGAAAUACUGCAGAAGGGAGGGAGCGGCUUAUCUAAUCCGGCAGGCAGCCUUCCGGAAGCAGAUCGGAUCAAGGCGGAAAAGCUGACCGACAAGAUUCGAAGUGACUAUGGACGCGCGGAUGAGUGGAGCUCACAGAAGGAAGCGUUGAGCCUGCGACUGUGGCGUGCGAUCCAUGCGCACCAGAAACAUCUCAAAGAAGAGAUGAACAAGAUCAGUCCAGCAGUACUCAGCAACUACGCGUCGACAGCAUCAAUCGGAACACCGGUGGUGCCGUCGCUGUCCGCGUUGCCGGCAGCGUUAGCGGGCUUGAAGAGUCCUGCGGUGGAGAUGGAGUCGCCACUAGCAGGUCUGAAGCGCAAGGGCAGCUUGCUGUCACCAGGUGUUGGUACCUUGAUCCCAGGCACACCGAUGAGUGCAGCUGCUCGGGCGAGAGCCGGCGGACGCACGACACCUCUUGACUCGGGCUCACCAGCGCCGCCCGAGCGAGGACUGGGAGGCGCAAUACGAGGAGGCGGCGCCUCUCGCAAGGCACGCGGAGGAUCGCUCUCUGCUAGUGGACCGGGACGAUCAGGGCUUUCGCAGAGUACGGAGCUAGGAGGACUUGGUGGACUGGAGGGGUUCGAGGGCGAAGGAGGCGAGGGCGAGGAAGGCGAAGAGAAGGACGACACGCCGUACUGUUUUUGUCAGCGUGUGUCGUUCGGCGAAAUGAUCGGAUGCGAUAAUGCGGAAAACGACCCAGACUGCAAGGAAUGGUUCCAUAUCGGCUGCGUAGGUGUUACCAAGCCACUGCCGCAAAAAUGGUAUUGUUCGGAAUGUCUGGCCAAGCUCAAGAACAAGCGUCGACGCCAGUGA